GGAGUCAGGUGACAGGCUCACUGAGUAAUUCCCUGCAGAAGGAAACAAACUGCAUGUUAAAAAGCUCAACAAAUACUCAGAAAGAAAAAAAACAACAAAAAAAAGCAAAGCCCAGGCCGUGAGUUCCAGACUUCCAAGCUGCAGUUUCCUCUGAAUUCUCUCCAGGCUGAAACAGCUGGGCUGGCUGGCUGAGUCCCAAGGACUCACAGAGGCUGCGGAGAGCCCAGUGCAGGUCGGGGGUCUGGUCUGGAUCACCGGGUUACUUUCUGUUUCAUUUCGAAAUGUUCCCUGCUUCUGAAACUGGUUACCUCCAAUGUCAAGGAAAGCACAGGACUCCUUGGAGACUCCAGCCAGGCUUUUAAGAGCCAGGGCUUUGUGAAGGUAAGAAGCUAUCGCGUCCCAGCGGCUGGGGGCUGCCGCCCCGGGAGUGGACUGGGUGCGAGCAGGGAACGCCAGGAGGAGUCUGCCUACUUGUUCUGGGAUCUGAACCAGGCUGGAGAAACUCUCUGUGGAAGGGUUUUAAGGUUAGAAAAGGGAUAAGAUGGACCCUUCCUGCGUGAAUGGGUGGCCACUCAGUCCGUGGUGAGUUGGAUCCGUCUGCAACCCCUGUCUGAUCUUUUCCCCUCCCCGGCUCCAUCCCGGGGAGGAAUUGGUCGUAGUCAGGGAAUUGGCACCGGCUGGCCCGGGGCUGGGAAGAAGGAGAAGGGGCUGCCUGGCACCGAGAGGCUGUCUGGGCGUGUGUAGCAUGUGUAUUUCAGAGCCUGACACUUGAGGAGACUGUUGCUCAGUGUAGGAACGCACAGCUUCUUUUGGAGAGCCAGCGAGCAGAGGCAGAGGACAAUACACGUGUGAGCAAAGCGCUUUGGGAAAUCUGUGAGCUGAGGAAGUGGAGAGGCUGGCGGCGAUGCGUUCUGACUCCCUCGUCCCAGGUACCCACACCCCACCCAUCCGGAGGAGAAGUAAGUUUGCCAACCUAGGAAGGAUUUUCAAGCCUUGGAAAUGGAGGAAGAAGAAAAGCGAAAAGUUCAAACACACGUCUGCAGCCCUGGAAAGGAAAAUAUCAAUGAGGCAAAGCAGAGAGGAGCUGAUAAAACGAGGAGUCUUGAAGGAGAUCUAUGACAAAGACGGGGAGCUCUCCAUAUCGAAUGAAGAUGACUCCCUGGAAAAUGGGCAGUCCCUGAGCUCCAGCCAGCUGUCUCUGCCCGCCCUGUCUGAGAUGGAGCCAGUCCCGAUGCCCAGGGAUCCCUGCUCGUAUGAGGUGCUCCAGCCUUCUGACAUCAUGGAUGGGACAGAUUCUGGCGCCCCCGUGAAAUUGCCUUGUCUGCCAGUGAAGCUGUCGCCUCCGCUACCUCCAAAGAAAGUCAUGAUCUGUAUGCCUGUGGGGGGGCCAGACCUCUCCCUGGCAUCCUAUGCCGCCCAGAAGAGCGGCCAGCAGGGCGGGACCCAGCACCACCACACAGUCCUGCCCUCCCAGAUCCAGCACCAGCUGCAGUACGGCAGCCUCAGCCAGCACCUCCCCUCCAGCACCGGCUCCCUCCCCAUGCACCCCUCGGGCUGCAGGAUGAUAGACGAGCUGAACAAAACGCUGGCCAUGACCAUGCAGAGGCUGGAAAGCUCUGAGCAGCGGGUUCCCUGUUCUACUUCCUACCACAGCUCUGGUUUGCACUCGGGUGACAGUGUCACCAAAGCAGGACCUCUGGGCCUUCCGGAAAUAAGACAAGUGCCAACUGUUGUGAUUGAAUGUGAUGACAAUAAAGAAAAUGUGCCUCAUGAGUCAGACUAUGAAGACUCUCCUUGCCUGUACACGAGAGAAGAGGAGGAGGAGGAGGAAGAGGAUGAGGAUGACGACAGCUCCCUGUACACUAGCUCCCUGGCCAUGAAGGUGUGCAGGAAGGACUCCUUAGCCAUCAAACUCAGCAACAGGCCUUCCAAGCGAGAACUGGAAGAAAAGAACAUCCUUCCGCGGCAGACGGAUGAGGAGAGGCUGGAGCUGAGGCAGCAGAUCGGCACCAAGCUCACCAGGCGACUGAGCCAGAGGCCAACUGCAGAGGAGUUGGAGCAGAGGAACAUUUUGAAACCUCGGAAUGAACAAGAGGAACAAGAGGAGAAAAGAGAAAUCAAGAGGAGGUUAACUCGAAAGCUCAGCCAAAGGCCCACCGUGGAAGAGCUCCGGGAGCGCAAGAUCCUCAUCCGCUUCAGCGACUACGUGGAGGUGGCAGACGCUCAGGACUACGACCGCAGGGCCGACAAGCCCUGGACCCGCCUCACCGCUGCUGACAAAGCUGCCAUUCGAAAGGAGCUCAAUGAAUUUAAAAGCACUGAAAUGGAAGUUCACGAAUUGAGUAGACAUUUAACAAGGUUUCACCGACCUUAACAGUCGAAUUUCUCCUGAGUGCUAUGCUGUCUUCAAAACAUAAAUUUAUAAGAACCAUAAGUGCUGGUAUUUAUUCACUUCCCCAUCACGAUGUAAAUCUUCUGAACUGCCUUUUUUUAAAAGAAGGAGGAGGAAGAAAAGGAAACACAAUCAGGAUUUUGUUUGCAAAAAUGCGAUGGUUACGGCUCCGUGGUCAGAGCUGCUGGCACCACCGCUGAUGACGGACAGGGCUGACGACACCGGAGACGUCCUGGGCCUCUCCAGCCAGGCCGACAGGUACCACGUUUAUCUCGGCUCCAGUGAGCCUCUGCCUCGAAAGUGUCCAACACCUGAGUCCAAAGAAAGCUGAGGCGGUGGGGCCAGCCUGGAGACUGCAAAGCGAGGGAUCUGCAUUGGCCUCCUCCACUUGGCCAAACAGCCUGGCUCCAGGUGCGGCAUCUGGUGUGGGAGCCUCUGCGGAGGUGUUGUGGAGAGGGUCACUGUCCUUGGUGGCCCCUGUCCUUACCUCUCUCCAACCACCAUCCGUGCGGUGAACAGAAGGGGAGAGCCCUUCGCUGGGCGAGUCUGUGGUUGAGUGUCUGUCCUAAGAGUGUGUGUGCUCCAGAAGGGGAAGGCUGGCACCGAGCACCCCUCCUGUCCCCUCAGGCUGAGCUGAGCUGCCUCCCGGAAGCUCUGGUUUAGAAGGGGAAGGUUGUCAUAGUAAAACAGCCAGACGGCGCAGGUGGUCUCAGGCACACAGCCGUGUCUAUCAUGCGUGGGGGCAGCGGGACCCUAUUGAGGGUAUAAAAGCCCUUGAGGGGGUGACAGACCGUGUGGCUGAUGUUCAUUUGUUCUGCCAGCCCCAGUGCUGGUGACCAUGUGGCUUGGAAGUCAAUGGCCUGAGUCGAGAACCAAUGCAUGCAGUCCAGAGACCCUUCCUGAAAGGCUGGCUUUCCAGCGACUAGGGGCUUGGUCCUCCAGAACCACCUGAGGGCCUUCCCGUCUUUCUUCGCCCUGGAGAGUCUUGGAGAAGCCCCAGAGUCCUGCAGACACAGCCACAUUGGCGGUGCUGCACCCCCCCGUCCCCGCUUCUCCAGGGAGCCACCCCACCUCUCCCUCUCGGUGCUGGUGAAGGGACUGGAGAUGUCUCUCUGACCAUCUCCCCCACCUGGGACCGCAGGAAAGCAGUGCAGACAGGGGGACACGAGGGGAGGCUGUCCCAGCCCCAGGCUGCUUCCAUUUUCCUUCCUGAUGGAGCCUGUAGGGCAUUUGGCUGCCCAGCCCCACCAGGCCUGCGCGUGGGGUCCUGUGGUUCUACCAGCUUUCUCGGUGCUGGCUCACUUCCCGCCACACAGGCCCGGGAUUUAGAAAGAUGCCAGCUUGGCCUUCACCAAAGAGUUAAUAGGUCUCUUCCCCGAACCGUGUCGGAUCACGUUACUUUGGGGAUGCACACCCAGCUCCUGGGCCGGUGUUAACCCGUGCGUGUCUUGUGGGGAGCUGGGGCCCGGUCCUAGGCGGGGGCCCACAGCGGCACAAAGCUGGCCUAUGCUCUCCUUGCACCACCUGGAGGAGCAGGCCACCGCCCAGCCCCGGGGGAUGCCAUCACCCCAUCCGUUCUUUGACUGUUAAAGUGAAUAGUUACUGCUGUGGGUAGAGGUAUCGUUCAGAAACAUGUGGUCAGGAUCUUACUGUGGCUGUAAACAUGGGUCUUCCCAAAAGGCUUACUGAUGUUUGAAUGUGCAGACAGCGUGACGAAGGGUGUAGGGCCCUUCUGGUAACUUCUCUGUGGUGGGCACGUGUUCUGGGUGGGGUGCUGGGCCGGGAGCUGAGUCUGACCUUCCCCUAACUCACAGCUGUGCUUCCGGUGCCUCCCAGGGGCCUGGCGGACGAUCAGGCCCUCCCCGGCCCAGGAGCCAGGCCUCAGGGAGCUCAGUCCACCGCCUGGACUCCGCCCACCAAGGCCAGGGGCCUCGCUGCUGGCCUCGGCUCCGGCUCCGGGGCCUUUCAGAUUCCCUGGGAACGUGACACCUAAAUUGAGUUCCCUGCCGCCAGCCAGCCGGCCAGGGCUUCCGCCCACAGCGCCGCAGCACCGCAGCUUCUGUUCCUCCUCCUGCUGAGCGCCCUCUUCUGGGAGAGCGCCGUCACCGCCCUCUCAGUGGGCUCCUCCAGCCCCCUGUGAGCAGCUCGGCAACCUGGGGAGGUCACAGGAUGGCCCUCGGCUGUUUCUCUCCUCUCGAAAUCGUGAGGUUUUUAUAGACGUCUGUCCAAACUUCCUUUUAUGCCACAUUGUUAAGACAACUGAAAAAUGUAUUUCUCUCCAAGAUGACAGUUUGACAUCGGUGGGAGGGAAGAAAGAUGGGCUAGGUAGUUUACGACGUGCCCCUUUUCUGAGAAAGCUGCAGUUCGGAUAAAGGUUUAUCUUGGGGUAUCAGUUCCCAGCUGAGCCUCUGGUCAUCUGGAGUAGCAUGAGGGGGGGGAGUGACAUUUCUCAAUCAGAACGUUUCCCUGUGGACACUGCCCCCCAGUCCCUACCCCACCCACCAGAGAGACUGCCCGUUGGCCUACCUGCUCUUCUGAAAUUGCUGGUAUGUUCCUCCCCGGAGGCUCUCAAAACUCUGUAAAACUGUCAGAUUAGAGGCGACGGUAGAUGUGAUGAAAACCUCCGAGUUUUAUUUUUCUCCCGCUUCUGAACGUGUAUGUGUAUCUGCCGAAUGAAAAUCGUGGUGUGUGCUUUGAUGAGUGGAUUUGCAGGCUCGCCCUGUGCACAGCCAGAGGGCAAAGGUCACCUGAAAUGACUUUUUCUUCCCCUGUGUUGAUCCCCAGACCAGUUGCUUUUUCCAGUUGCUCCCCGGGUGUCUGUACAUAGCGUGUCUUUGUAGAGGAGCACUCGCCCGUGUUCCGACGUAACAGACGACAGCUUAUGAGGACGACACUGUAAAUAGAAUACAAAUUAAGCUGGAUCUCUGUGGCCUAGGUUUUGUACAUAGAGAAACUGCAUGGUAUUUAAAUUAUUGUUUGUCUCUGAUGAUGUAUGCAGUUUCUUUAAAAACAAACCAAAAAAAAGUAAAAAAA